UGGUCCUCGCGUGUGUUGAUCUCAGUAGGGAUUUCUAACGGUACUUCGCGAUUUUUUUCGACCGUGCUUUUUGUUGAUACCUGCAGGAAGGAAGAGAAUGGAUUGUGUUUCGAAAACUUGCUGCUGUGGCCUGUGAGAAAAGAGGAUUACAUUCCCGAACGAGGAAAAGGCUUUGCAGAAUCUUUGCUCGAGGACCGUGUUAAAUGAUCCUCUUUCAACCUAAAAACUGUCGAUGGGUAUUGUUGGAUUUUUUUUUUCGGAAGAGCAAGAAGAUGAGUGUAAUGAUUAUUUCGCUUGACUGAAGUGCCAUUCAAAAAUCGGAGAAGCUUCAAGUACGGAGUACAGCGAAUGAUUUGCGUAUGUCGGAUGAAGGCGACUUGAUUUACUGACAGGCACUGUGCCCCAUAUAUUGGGUGGAUGGAAAAGUGUUUAACCAUCCUCCUUGUUUGAGCACAAAGCGGUGGAUAGCUACACAUUGCUGUCGCCUUUGUGUGAAUGUUGCAACAAUCAGUUUAGUCGCGAGUGACGUACAGGAUUAAAGUGCUUUCGGGUUAUUUUUAUAUUUCUUCAACAGAACGCCCAGGUCUGCAAGAAAAAUAUGUUCAUACCGUCGAUGUGAUCGAUACUCGAGGGCUGAUAUCGAAAUCGCCUCCAGCAAUCGUGUCUUGAAUUUAUAGCUAUACAGCUCGGAAAACUCCGUCUGUUGUCUAUAACGUGUGUGCCUAACCCCUAAGUAGUGAGCUCCUUGUCGAUGAUUGGAGAAUGUUUAUAGAAUAUUGAUUCGGAUAAAUCGUUACCCGUAACCGAGAGCCGGGAGGGUUAGCCAGUUCCAAGUUAAGUGGUUUCAACAAGUCUGCCAUACCAAAGCAUCGAUACGUUGCCGACAGGCAUAAAGCGAAAUAACCACGGCCACCCAACAACAGCCGAACCCCACCACCAGACCGCCAGGUAAUAUGCCAGAGGAUAGUGCGGUCAUGGUUGAAGAUGUUAAAUUGAAAAGCACCGUCUUGCUUUAUGCGGAGGAUGAAUCCAACGGGGAAGCUUCAACGUGCGGCCGUAUUCUCAUCUUUCUCUCUUGGGUCUUGGUGGUGCUGACGAUGCCCUUCAGUCUGCUGGUGUGCUUCAAGGUUGUCCAAGAGUACGAGCGAGCCGUAAUAUUCCGCCUUGGUCGCUUGGUGCAAGGCGGUGCGAAAGGCCCAGGAAUUUUCUUUAUCCUACCAUGCAUUGACGCCUACGGACGUGUUGACUUGCGUACCCGCACAUAUGACGUCCCACCGCAAGAAGUACUUACGAAGGACAGCGUGACGGUGUCGGUGGAUGCCGUUGUGUACUAUCGUGUCUCGAACGCAACCGUCUCGAUUGCCAACGUGGAAAAUGCUCAUCACUCGACCCGACUGCUGGCUCAGACGACGCUUCGCAACACGAUGGGUACCCGGCAUCUGCACGAAAUCCUCAGCGAACGAAUGACAAUCUCCGGCAGUAUGCAGCUCUCGUUGGACGAAGCGACCGAGGCCUGGGGCAUCAAGGUGGAACGAGUGGAAAUCAAGGACGUCCGUCUGCCCGUCCAGUUGCAACGUGCCAUGGCUGCCGAAGCUGAAGCCGCCCGUGAGGCACGCGCCAAGGUUAUUGCCGCCGAGGGUGAACAGAAGGCAUCCCGUGCCUUGCGUGAAGCCUCCGAAGUGAUUGGUGAUUCACCGGCUGCCCUUCAGCUGCGCUACCUCCAGACGUUGAACACCAUCUCGGCGGAGAAGAACUCCACCAUUGUGUUCCCGUUGCCAAUUGACAUCCUGACCUACUUUAUGAAGUCCAAGGAGUGCUAUGAAGCCUCACACUCAAAGUCGUCUGCUAAAUAGGCAAAGGCUGUUAAAUCAGCAAACCAAGAAACACAAACAACUUAGCGGAAGUUUUUCUUCAUAAGUACGGUAUGUUUUUGAUCAAUUCGUUCAUUUUCCAGUGAAACUUUUUCUAUUGAAAGGAAAACUGUAGGUAAGAAACUAACAAUUUUAUAAAUAUUUGUGUGUAGUCUAAUCGCAGUAGCGCGAGCUCGGUCCCUGAGAGGAGGGUCGAGGUAGAACAACAGAUAUAGCAAAGGGAAGAUGCAAGCGUGUAGCGGAACUUUUGAAGGAAAAAUUAUUUCAAUUAGGAAAUAAUGGUUUCACAUCGCUAUCCAUCCGUUUCUCUCCAGUUUCUUUCUUUUGGGAAUUGCUUUCUGGCGAGCUUCGGACUUUUCUUUUCAUAAUUCAUUUAAACACUGAGUUUGGUGGCGUGGAAACAAGUGUGGAUGUUUUUGGCAAUUCAGUAAGAAAUAGGAUGCAUCGGAUUUUUUCAAAUUCAAUUUUUUUCACAAUAUUACACAUCACUUUUAUUUGGUUAAAUUGAUUCUCCAUAAGUCGAUGUUCUACGUGUGGAAAUCUAUUCAUGGGAUCAUGGGAACUUUUUGGUGUGGGAACUGUGAUGGUUGCUUCUCAAUUGGUUUUUCUUAGAUUUGCUGUUCUACAUCUAAACAUUUCCAUGCGUUAAAUGUUCCUCCAAUAUCAACUCAGUGAUCCCUUACCCAUCAUAUGUUCUUAUGUUGACGGUACACUAGAAUGACGUAUUCUUAAUAAAAGCUUAAAUAAAAAGUUUUUACUAAAGUUUCAUUUAAUAAUUGGAAUAUUAACUGGAACCAUGCUUUAUCAAAUGACGUAGAUACUACUGUGUGCUCCAGUUUUACUCGAUCCAUAUGAAUAAUUACAUUUUAGCCUAUCAUUAGGAUGCUCAUGUCUAAAAGCGAUUUUUGUUUUCAAAAAUGCGUUUUGGAAAGUUCCAGUUAUGACAAAUUAAUUCAAUGUUACAAUGUAUGGCAACAAAUGAUCAACUCUUACAUAAACAACAAGAAGAAGAUGAGUUACAUAUCGCAGCAGCUACAUGUAGAGAUAUUCUAAUCUAUUCGAACACUAAGGGAUCAAGUUUAAAUUCUUCAGUUGUUAAGGUGAACUCUUUAAAGACUUGAAGUAAUGUGCAUUGACUAUUUAGGUAAGUGGACACAUGCAACGGUUCCAGAAGACAAAUAGGUCAUCGCUCAUUCACUUUAAUUUGUAAUACAGCUCAUUCCUUUUGUAUAACUAUUAAAAAACAAAUAGACGAAGGCCUUCCCUCUCGAUCAUUUAUUCAAAAAUCCAACAUGUGCAAAAGGACUAUGAGCCAAAUGUAAGCAAUGACUUUAAACAUCGAUUGCUCAAGUAUUUACAACACACCAACCCAACAUAACUAUCUUAUAGAACAACCAGAUUCUGCUAUCGGUUUGCCAAUUUGAGACUUAAUCCGGGAGAAACCAACGUUCAAGGUUAUGGUUUACAACAGGGUUAGGGCAAACAAACAUUUCAUUUAUAUCUCGACCUCCCCGAUUUGGAUGAAACUAUGCACAAUUUUUUGUCAUGGAAAUGUUUAUUUGUGAUAAAAUUCGGUCAUUUUAAAUAAAAAAAAAACAUGAUGACAUGUUUGAUAUUUUUCAAUAAAUCAUAGCACGGUAACGUAGCUAAAUGACGUCUAAGGCAAAUUUGUAGGUAAAUGUUAAGUGUGCGGGGAUAAAAAUUACACGUUUAAAAAAUAGCUGUUUUCCGCAGAAACAUAAAAAAAAAAAAAAUUUAAAAAAUCUAAAACUGAAAAACACUUUGCAUACCACUCAAAACGUAUAUGAAAACUGUUAAACUUUGUGAAAUAUUCAAAUUGUGCACUAUUAAAAUCUCUCAAAUAGCUGAAAUCAACUUUUUUCAACGGUUAUAUUUGGCACACAAUGUUAAAAUUUUAAAUAAAUCGAGGGUUAAUGUUUUUGAUUUUUGACUUAUUUAAACAGUCCAACUUGAAGAUUUCAGAAAAGUUAGCAUAUUCAAUGAAAAUUAUAAUGAAAAGUAUUCGAAUAAUUUUGAAGAGGGAUAUUUUUUGUAAUUUG